AUGGAGUGGUGUCAUCGCAUGGAUUGGUGUCAUGGCAUGGAGUGGUGUCAGGGAGUGGUGUCAUGGCAUGGAGUGGUGUCAUCGCAUGGAGUGGUGUCAUCGCAUGGAGUGGUGUCAUCGCAUGGAGUGGUGUCAUCGAAUGGAGUGGUGUCAUCGCAUGGAGUGGUGUCAUGGCAAGGAGUGGUGUCAUCGCAUGGAGUGGUGUCAUGGCAUGGAGUGGUGUCAUCGAAUGGAGUGGUGUCAUCGCAUGGAUUGGUGUCAUGGCAUGGAGUGGUGUCAGGGAGUGGUGUCAUGGCAUGGAGUGGUGUCAUCGCAUGGAGUGGUGUCAUGGCAUGGAGUGGUGUCAGGGAGUGGUGUCAUGGCAUGGAGUGGUGUCAUCGCAUGGAGUGGUAUCAUGGCAUGGAGUGGUGUCAGGGAGUGGUGUCAUGGCAUGGAGUGGUGUCAUGGCAUGGAGUGGUGUCAGGGAGUGGUGUCAUGGCAUGGAGUGGUGUCAUGGCAUGGAGUGGUGUCAUGGCAUGGUGUGGUGUCAACACACGAACUAAUAAUUGUUGGUGGCAACGGUGCGAUUGUUGUAAUUCAGGGGAAAGAAUUUAUGUUAUGUCAUACUUUAUAUUGAUGUAA